CUUUAGUUCAUGACUAUAUCUGAUGAGUUAAUGUGAUAAUGACUUGAUGAACAGUCACAGAAAUCCUACUUUCAAGCAGGUGCGUAGAGAACAGGUACUGUUUCAGGCAUUAAGAUACAUUUUGGGCUAACAUUUGUGAUAGGUAGAGAAUAUUCACUCCGCAUUAGAGGCAACAAAAGGAACAUAUGAUUAGAGAGAGAGGUUAAAUAAUUUAUUUGGCUGCACAAUGUUGCCAGAACCCAAAUUCUGUGUUCAGGGCUGCUUUAUUGAGAUCUAUUUAUCUUGAGGUACUAUAGUAAGCAGACAGUAUGGUUUACAGCAUCUACAGUGUCCAUUAGUUUCUAUUUACUUCCACGCUGGUGUAUGCUUAAUUAUGUGUCUGUGUGGUGUAUAUGCAUACGAGUGCAGGUACUUGUGGAAGUCAGAAGAGGCUUUCAGAUCCCUAGGAGUUGUUUGUAGAGGCCUUUGGGUGCCACCAGACAUGAGAUCUGGGAAUUGAACUCAAGACCUCUGCAGGAGCGAUACAUGUUCAUAAACAUUGAGCCACAUUUUCAGCCCUAAUGUGGGUAUCUUCUUGAAGCUACUUCCCAGCUUGCCCUUUUGGUCCCCGUGUAUAUUCUAUUAUGGAGAGUAUGAAGGGGAAAAGAGAGUCAACAUGUUUAGGAUAUUUACCAAUCCGUGAGGUGAAUACAGGGGUGAUCAUGGAACUCUUUGUGAAAUGAGAGAGGCAAGGAGAGAAGAGAGCUUUGAAUUAUGAAGGGAAUGAGCAAGCAUGCAUGGGAGAAAUAUAAGACAAAAAGAAUUUCAGUGAGCUUGAAGCGAAGGAUGAGAGUUCAGUUUUUCAGUUAUGCCCGAGGUGGUGAUUUCAUGAAUAAAGUCAGUUUUGAUUAAAAUUCUCUUUAGGGAAGAGCUGAUCUUUAGGAAGAAUCCUAAUGACUUCCCAUUUGGGGCUGAAGGCAGAUGAGGAAGUCUUUGGUCUCUAGAGCAGCUGGUGCUGACCCCAGUGGGACAAAACUCUGAUUUAAGAUGGCUACAGCUGACUCCACUUUGUUUCACUAAAGAUUUGGCUUGCAGUGAGACGCCCUGGCUUGGAUGCCAGUCAGGCCUGCCUGCUGCAAAGGCUUCCGGGUUACAAGCCAGUUGGGAAUGCUGCCAGAUCUGUUGCCUAUUCAGCAGUGAAAUGAGGUGGCACUGUCAGUGCUAUUCCUUAUUGUGUAGGUACCGUUUGAGAGAGUGAAGAGUAAUCUUAUCUUGAGGAUUAACUAGGGACUUACAAAAGGGAUUUCAGAGAUAGAAGGUGCCUAGACAAUCCUCCAGGGACUCAUCAGGAAAAGCUCCUAGGAGCUGCAGGAGGUGGCAGAGCUGCCCUGUUCUGCUCAUCCGAUGCCCACGCUACCUGGUCUAGGAUCCACAAUGUCUGAGUCCGGGUGCCCAGCUAAUCUCAGACAAGAGUGGAAGUAAAGCUGGCAGGGCAGAACUGGUAACAAUUUCUGCUCCUGACUAAGUGGGUCCAGGGGCAGUGCUGGCCAUACUGAAGCCACAGGUGGCCAGGAGCCACCGUUGUCUGCAUUUGAGAGACUGCUGGAUAUGCCCAGCGCUAGACAGCUGACCAAGUUGUCCAACUUUUCACUAAUGAAAAGUGUUGCUGCUGCUCACAGCCUUCAUUUAUUGCUUGGAUGAAACCUGGAAUUGAUAACCGACACACUGAACACCAAAGGAGCUUCAGCACCUGUCAAAGGAUCUCAUAAAGGAGGCCAUCCUUGACAAUGACUUCAUGAAGAACUUGGAGCUGUCACAGAUUCAGGAGAUUGUGGAUUGCAUGUACCCUGUGGAAUAUGGCAAAGACAGCUGCAUCAUCAAGGAAGGAGACGUGGGAUCACUGGUGUAUGUCAUGGAAGAUGGGAAGGUGGAAGUUACAAAAGAAGGUGUGAAGCUGUGCACCAUGGGUCCAGGAAAAGUGUUUGGGGAACUGGCUAUUCUUUACAACUGUACCCGGACAGCGACCGUCAAGACUCUUGUAAAUGUGAAACUGUGGGCCAUUGAUCGACAAUGUUUUCAAACAAUAAUGAUGCGGACAGGACUCAUCAAGCAUACCGAGUAUAUGGAAUUUUUAAAAAGUGUUCCAACAUUCCAGAGCCUUCCUGAUGAAAUCCUCAGCAAGCUGGCCGAUGUCCUCGAGGAGACCCACUAUGAAAAUGGAGAAUAUAUCAUCAGGCAGGGUGCAAGAGGAGACACCUUCUUCAUCAUUAGCAAAGGAAAGGUGAACGUUACUCGGGAAGACUCACCCAGUGAAGACCCAGUCUUUCUUAGAACUUUGGGGAAGGGAGACUGGUUUGGAGAGAAAGCCUUGCAGGGGGAGGAUGUGAGAACUGCAAACGUAAUUGCUGCAGAGGCCGUCACGUGCCUUGUGAUUGACAGAGAUUCAUUCAAGCAUUUGAUUGGAGGACUGGAUGAUGUUUCUAACAAAGCAUAUGAAGAUGCAGAAGCAAAAGCAAAAUAUGAAGCCGAAGCUGCCUUCUUCGCCAACCUGAAGCUGUCUGAUUUCAACAUCAUCGACACCCUUGGAGUUGGAGGUUUCGGACGAGUAGAGCUGGUUCAGUUGAAAAGUGAAGAAUCCAAAACAUUCGCGAUGAAGAUUCUCAAGAAACGCCACAUUGUGGACACGAGACAACAGGAACACAUCCGCUCAGAGAAGCAGAUCAUGCAGGGGGCCCAUUCUGACUUCAUUGUGAGGCUGUACAGGACAUUUAAAGACAGCAAGUACUUGUACAUGUUGAUGGAAGCUUGCCUAGGUGGAGAGCUCUGGACUAUUCUCAGGGAUAGGGGUUCUUUUGAAGAUUCGACAACCAGAUUUUACACAGCAUGUGUGGUAGAAGCAUUUGCCUAUCUGCAUUCCAAAGGAAUCAUUUACAGGGACCUCAAGCCAGAAAAUCUCAUCCUAGAUCAUCGAGGUUAUGCCAAGCUGGUUGACUUUGGCUUUGCAAAGAAAAUAGGAUUUGGAAAGAAAACAUGGACUUUUUGUGGGACUCCAGAAUACGUGGCCCCAGAGAUCAUUCUGAACAAAGGCCAUGAUAUUUCAGCUGACUAUUGGUCACUAGGAAUUCUAAUGUAUGAGCUUCUGACUGGCAGCCCACCUUUCUCAGGCCCAGACCCUAUGAAAACCUAUAACAUCAUACUGCGGGGGAUUGACAUGAUAGAAUUUCCAAAGAAGAUUGCAAAAAAUGCUGCUAAUUUAAUUAAAAAACUAUGCAGGGACAACCCAUCAGAAAGGUUAGGAAAUUUGAAAAAUGGAGUGAAAGACAUUCAAAAACACAAAUGGUUUGAAGGCUUUAAUUGGGAAGGCUUAAGAAAAGGCACCUUGACACCUCCCAUAAUUCCAAGUGUUGCAUCACCCACAGACACAAGCAAUUUUGACAGUUUCCCUGAGGACAGUGAUGAGCCACCACCUGAUGACAACUCAGGCUGGGACAUAGACUUCUAAUGUAUUUCUCUUACCUGCUUCUGCCUUGCUGAAGACAGCUUUUUCUGAGACACAGCUGCCAGCAAACCUGAGGGAAAGAGAGAAGAUUAGAGCUCGGGGUCACCAUGAUGCCUUUGAUCGAUGCUGCUCCAGUAACCACGGUGGCAUUAGGACUUAUUGCUUAGAUUAUGAUAGUGCUCUUUACAUGUUUUAUGUUUGAACCUAAAAUAGCAGUUGACAUGGUGGUCCUGAAGCAAAGCCUUUCACCAGUAAAGUGAUGUUUUCUAUUAUUGCAAUGACCUUGCUUGACUCCGAUUAUAUUUUGAAAGAGUGUAGGAAACACUUCUAUCUAGUAGAAGAGUCUGUAUCUUGCUAGAAUUACCAAGAAGAAUAGAGAAUAAUAUAUUCGGUACGAUAGAUGACUGUGGUACAGAACCUGGGCUAUUCCCUUUCACCAGGGGAAAGGUGUGGAGCCUACGAUGACUUCAAGCCAGUAUUUACAUAUAUAUUGUACAAGGAGGACCACACAUCUGUAGGUCACAGAGUUCAUGUCAAACCAGUGCUAGACGUUUCUGAGUUUCUUUCCUAGCUGAUGACGAGACUGAAUGUUACCUUUUCUUUAUGAUAGAUUCUAAAAAUUGGUCUGUUAAAAAAAAAAGCACAACUGCUGUGGUUUCUGUACAAGCCUCCUAUGGCAGGUACAUAUGCGUUUUUGGAGAAUUGAAAAUGUGCAUGAUAAUUGAGAAAUUGACAUGACAAAGUGGAGGGGGAAAAGGAAUUCACAACACCAUUUCAUAUCUUUAAAAAAAUACAUUGUGCUUAAAGAUGGUCCUGGAAAUGACUAGCAGCCAAUUGGUUUUAUUUAUUACCUAACACCCUCAAACUGAGGCUUAAGGUAGUCCCUUUUAUAAGAAUAAACCCUUGGGCUAGGGGUGGGGUAGGGUGGGGAGGAAUAAAGACCCAUCCAAAAAAAUAUAAAAAUGCAAAGGUGCUAUGUCUAUCUUUCAUCUGUAAUGUCAGUGUCUGAACAGACAACACAGAUUCCAAUCAUCCUGUCUAGCCAGAGACUCAAGCAUUUUCACUAACUUUAUUAAAAACAAACUCCUGUCAUGUCACAACACAGUCCAGGGCUCAGUGAGAAAGGACAUUAAAAAUGUAUUUAAACUAGUCUCUUGUCUUAGGCCUGAACCAAAACUAUAUACAUAUAUAUAUAUAUAUAUAUGUAUAUAGUUUUAUAUAUAUAGUCUGAAAGCACAAAAUCAAUGGUAUUAUGACUUACUAUACUAAGGAGUUUCGUUUAUUUGAGAUCAGAGAAAAAGACAAAACCAGGCCAGGAAUUGAGGGCCUUUUCCCUGGAUAAGUUUGUCAAAGUUAGAAAGGGUUAGAGAGGAACACGAGAGACUGGUUUCUUAAAACUGCAUUUUAUCUAAAUAGAGCAGAAAUGUUACAACCUUGAAAUUUCUCUUUAGCUAGAAAAGACAAGAUUUGAAAAUGUCAAGCUAACUGUCUUUUUCACAUGAGGGAAAGAAUUAUCAAAUUAAAACAAGCAUGUUGUUGGCAGGUCAGUUGACCACUAUUAUUAAGUGGCAGAAUUUUCCAGAAGCUUUGUUGAUAGGUAGCAUUUUGUUUAUACAGAUAAAUGUACAACUGUCCAACAUGGCAUCCUGAUUUGGAAAUGUGUGUUAAUAGAGGUUUGCUAUUUUUCCAGUAGGAUUUUUAUGUAGAAAUUCCUAUAAAAUGUUUCCACUGGAUCAUCAUGGCCUACCCAAUAAGUCACAUGAGCUUUCUUUGAAAUUUCAUACUCAAAACUACUUUCAAAUGUGGUACCUUUCAAAAUGUUUGAAAACAUUGGAAGCCUAAAACUACUGAAACUAUAUUUAAUUAGGGUAGAGUUCAAUUAAAACUUUGAUCCUGAUAUCAUUAUUAUUAUUGUGUUACCAAAAUCCUCUCCUUCAUAAACAGUUUCUCAAGAUUACUAGAGUCACCAAAAUAUGUAUAUUCAGCAGACUAAAUAAUAUAAAAUUAAACACACCAGGCUAAAAUUCAGUGAUUUCUGGAGGUUUACAUAUCUCGUAACUGAUUUAAAAAAGAAACAUAUUAAUUCUAACAUUAUAAUCAGUGUUUCAUAUUUUUGGUUGCAAGUAGUGUGGUUUAGGUAUGCUAAAGGCUUGCAAGGAUGCUACAUUUGCCUUGUUAUUAGAAAAGGAAAUGUCUCUCUAAUUUUUCAAAUAUCCACAAAUCCCCAGGAAUUUGUAUGGACCACGUAUUUUGGGACUUGGGUUCGAGGCUAAGGCAGCUCAUGUGAAUGAAUAGGUGGGUUCUAUGAAGAAGAAAGGAGUUGCUUUCAGCACAAUGUGACUGUGGGCUGUUUUCUACUUGUGAUACAUCUUUGUUCAUUUCAUCCACACCUUUCAUUAGAAUGUCCAACACAAUCACAAGAGAUAAAGGUGAACUCUCUCUUCCAAGAAUUGCUAACAGAAGACAUUCAUCAGAUUUUCAACAUGAAUUUUAAGGAUUUAAAUCUUGUCUUAAUGAAGACACUAGGGCUAUAAUUCAUGGUCAGCUUCAUAAACCACAUCUUACUUUCUGGACUUUUCCAUGCCCCCCGGUUUCUCCUUGUUUUCUUUUCUUGCACUAAAGACUAUCUGGAUAAACUAGAAUAGUGCCAAUUUGUUUGAUUUGCUAACUGACUUCCUUGUUGAUUCUUUUGUGUGUGGGAAAUAGGGCUUUCUGUGUGUCUUAAAUCACAGAAAAACAGCAAACUGCCAAGGAAAGGACAUCACAAUAUUUAAUUAGAGUGAAUACAUUAGAGAAAUAUGAGUUUUGGAUAAUUGUUUAAGUUGAUUUUUCUACUUAUGACCAUCUUUAUUAUUUGAAUAUGAAUCAGAUCCAUGUAGCAUUUUUUAAAAACUCAUUUUUAUUAUAAUCCUCACAAGUCAUGGUUUUUUUCUUAAUAUUAGGGAACAUACAUGUGAAUUACACAUGUAGAAUAAUAAAUGAUUGAAUCUUUCUCACUUCAUUUCUAAAUGAUAGACCUGAUGGUGAACCUAAAGAAGUCAGCUACCAUAUUGAACACAAGGGUAUUAAACCCAACUUUAUACAGUAGAGGUAUCUGUGCAUUUUCCACAACAUUUUCUUUCACAAUAGGACCACAACAAAUAUUUAUGUAAAUAGAUAUUUUGGGGUGAUAUUUUGUGGUACAUAUAACUUUUUUUAGUGUUUCACAGCAUUAUGAUUUCAUUUAAUUUGUAUUAAAUAAUGUUUUUAGGUCCAAGUAGACUUGAAUGAACGUCAUUAUUGUUAGUAUUAUUGAAACUUAUGUCAACAGUACUGUCACUCAUCUGUCCCAUAGUUUAGAACAUGACCUGGCUAUCUGGCGUUGUUGCAAGUGCCUUAAACUCAUGGCAUCUUAUUAAGAAAACAAAUUUGGUGUUAUGCUGCAUGACAAAGACAAACACACCUCAAAAUGUUGUCCUUUCUUAGCUUGCUGCGUUUUACAGUUCUUUCUGCUAACAAUUUAUAAGCCUUUAUUAUAUAUUACUGAUGAAUUACAGAAAUGAUGAAGUUGUUAUCUUAUUUCUGUUCAAUGUACCAGAGCUGUGUGUCUGUUCAUGAGAUACAGCGUCAUUUCUGUGAAAUGUAUAAAUGUAUGUGCAGGUCAAAUUACUAUAUGACAUACUAUCAGUCUGUAUACAGGUAUUCCUGUUUUGCUCAGCUGUGCAGACUCCGUAAAUUUUAAAAAAGAGUAGUGCAGUCAAAUCCUAAUGUAUCUCAUUUUAUAGACUCCAUUAACAAUGGUCCAACCCAAAAGAAAAAAUAGAAAUGACUGCUCACCACACCUCGUUAUGAAACCAAUGAUGAAAAUGUACCUUGGUGCACCCCUAAACAAAACAGGAUGCUUUCUGUGAGUUCUUGUAUAUGCAAAUCAUGUAUGAGGCAAGUUUUCAGGAGACCUUGAGAGCAAAACGUUGGAAGUAUGUUGUUAGCCCUCCUCCUUUCCUGUCCCUGCAUCAACAGACAGAGCUCUGGGACCUUGGCCAUGACUCAGAGGUUUGGGCUUUCUAAGUAAAGGGACAUUUCUUUAAGCGUCAUCUAUCAAGUUUAUUUCAACGUAUGAUGUUUUUAAAACUGGUCGGUUCUUUUGUAUUCUUACAGCUAUGGUUAUUUGACUGUCCUCUUACAAUUUGUGCUACAUGAAAGAGUCUUUUGUUAGAAUGCAACAAACUGUCAUCUAAUGGUCAUUGGCCACUUGCACUCUUUUGAUGUAGAUUAAAAACUUUUUCAUAACUUAACCUGCUUUGAUUUGCUCUGUAUUUUCCCUGCAGCUGUAAUUGCAGAGUGCCUGUUGGAUACUUUAUAGAGUUGAAAUAAAAAAUAAUUACUUUUGAA